GAAGAAGUGAAAAGGGGAAAAAGAAAAGAAAUCCAGAAAAUAAAAUAAAGGUUAAAAAAAGGCAAGGCGAGGCGUGCGAUAAUCUAUAUAUUCAUAUAAUAGACAGAAUUAUAAUUCUGCAGCCUUCUUUCCAGAGAGAAGUUGUUUUUACAAACACGUUUCCCCGUCACCUGUUGAUAUACUUGACAUACCCGGAAGACCCGCCCCAAAAAAACACAUCCAAUUCUCAACCUCUUCUCCCUAAGGGCCUUUCAAAACCUGUUCCACAAAGGGUCAUGAGCUCGGCUGCAACGACGCGUGUAAUACAAGUACUUUUAUCCCUUGAUAACUAAAUUUUCCUCGGGUUCAGGAGUGCGUUGCCUUCCGUCUACGGGAGUAUCGGGAACUAAGGACCUGCAAGUCUAUAUCAAGGAGCUAUUACCCCGUGGACCUAGGGCCCUUUUUACUAAACUCAAGGCAAUUCAUCUAUUGUUCGUGAAAUUGUACAAAUACCUCCUUAAUCCCCCCUCCCUAAGCCUCAUAUCAUUCCCCUUCUACUUUGAUAUACCCCUUCGAGUCCAACGUUCUUGCCAACUUCCCUUUAGCACUCACACAUUCCACCACCAAUGGCGCCUGGGAAACUUGUGGACGCGGAGCCAUGCUCAGUACCUGAUAGUCAUCUGUUGGAACAAAUAUCGGACGAUGUCGACCUAGUCAAUAUCAUGAAGGCAAAGAUAGACAAGUCCGGUUCACAGGCACCACAUCUCAACAAGGAGAAAGAUAAAUCGAACUUUCGACAAUACGACAAAGCUUGCGAGAGGGUCAAGGAAUUUUACCGAGAGCAACACGAGAAGCAAACAGUGGCGUACAACAUUGAAGCAAGACGACAGUUCCAGUCGAAAGUCCGCGCGCGCAUGACCGUCUGGGAAGCAAUUGAGAAACUCGACACCCUUAUCGAUGAGUCAGACCCAGAUAUUUCACUCUCGCAAAUUCACCAUCUACUUCAGUCAGCAGAGGCCAUUAGGCAUGAUGGAAAACCACGAUGGAUGCAGCUAGUCGGCCUUAUCCAUGACCUGGGAAAGCUUCUAUUCUUCUUCGGGGCUCAGGGUCAGUGGGACGUUGUUGGGGAUACCUUUCCAGUUGGCUGCGCAUUCGACGAACGAAUCAUAUAUCCAGAGACAUUCGCCAACAACCCGGAUUCGACUCAUGAGGUUUAUAGCACGAAGUUUGGCAUAUACAAACCGAACUGUGGAAUGUACAAUGUCAUGCUCUCAUGGGGUCAUGACGAAUACCUUUACAAUGUUGUGAAAACGCAAUCAACCCUGCCAGAGGAAGCGUUGGCCAUGAUAAGGUACCAUUCAUGCUAUCCAUGGCACACCGAAGGGGCCUACAAAGAACUCAUGAACGAGCAUGACCAUCAAAUGCUCAAGGCCGUGCAGGAGUUCAAUCCGUACGAUCUAUACAGUAAGAGUGAUAAGAUCCCAAAUAUCGAAGAUCUCAAGGUAUGUCUACCGCUCUUUGAGCUUUGGAGAACUACCAUAUUUGCCCCUUGUUCUAACUACUAAUCUAUUCACAGCCCUACUACCUCGAACUUAUCGAUGAAUUUUUUCCAAAUCGAGUAAUAAACUGGUGAAGAAGUAGAUUACUUCGUUAACCGAAUCAACGCCUUUUUCCCACCACCUUUUCCUUC